AUGACUCCUCCGCUGGCCGACCGGGCGCUCCAUCACGCGCGGGCCAAUAGCCAGCCGCAGGGCGGCACGUCGGGCUGGCGGUUGGAAUGUGCCUGGGCCACAGUCGACUUGAGUCCAGACUUGAGUCCACACGCCCCGCUGAGGAAUCCCAGGAGGCGGAGGCGGCCCUUGUCGCAGCGCCACUCGACGCUCCCCGGCGCGGUGUGCGGAGCGGAAAUGUGGGUGGGCAGGGCAGUUUUACAGGAGGUGUGGCUGGCGGGGGAGGGGUGA